AUGAAUAGUCUGCUAUCAAAGUCUUUCAAAUUGAUGCAAAGAUGUUCUUCCAAACAACAAGUGCGGAGAUUAUUUUCAAUGUCACUUGUCCACAGAAAUGACACACCAGUAAUUAUUGAAGAUGAAGAAAAAUCAUAUGCAUUACCAGUCAUGUUUCGAAACGUUCUUGAGGAUGACAUUUCAAAAUCUUCUAAUCAAUCUGUGGAUAUGAAUUUAACUAACGAAAUUAUGGAUCACAAUUUCACAAUGUUUGAUAUGAUUGGCGACAAGGAAUUACUAUGCAAACAAGCAAUUGUUUGGUUGAAUUUCCACUCUGAUAAGACAGUUAAGGAUUUGGAAGUAUAUUUAAGGGAUUGUCUCAAAUUAAACCAUUGUAAACUUAAAUUUGAUGCAAAAUCUAAAAAAUUAACAAUUUCAGAAAAGGAAGGAAAUUCAUCAAAAUCAAUCUUUUUCAAGGAUACUACAAUUGAAUCAUCCCAUGAAAAGAUGGAUGGCAUGAGUGUUCUUUCAAGGUGUAAAGCAUAUCCAAUGUUCUCAUUCAUGGAUUGA